AUGUCUACAAGUAACACUAAUAUGAGCUGCAACUGGAUUAUUCUUAUUUUCCUUCAUGGAAUAUUGGCUGUACAAUCCAAAAAAGUAAUAGCUCGAGCUAAUUUAAAUUCAGAAGAUGAGAAUAAAAUCCAAAAGAAAAUGACUGCGCUUAUUGACACUCAAUCUGGGCACUACGAAAAUAACUAUGAGUAUUUGUUUUUCGUCACUGAGCUAAUUGUAAGUAGGCUAUCGAAAAAGUCAAUUUCAGCGAAGAAAUCCGACAUUAAGAAAUUUCAAACAUAUAACAAUCGACGAUUGUAUCUGGAGGAACAGAUAGACAACCGUGUGGAUCGUGUCAAUUUUGAAAUGUUAUCACUUCCUUAUGGACAUACUUGCAAGGACUUUUAUAUGCAACAAAAGUCGGCACUCGAAAAUGCAUAUACAAAGAAAAACUCAGUUAAGCAAGACAUUCUAAAUGAAAAUAGUAAGAAUUGUCCAUCUACAAAUGAUUCCGACGGUCGUAAUAGCUACAAUAACAACAACAAUGAACAAAACGACAAUGAUAACCCCAAAAAUGACAUCAUUGAAAAUAUUGAUGCACACAUUAAUUCUGCAUUGGGACACUACCAAAACAACAUGGAAUAUAACGAACGCUUGAACGAUUUAUACAUGGCAAAACAAUCUGACUGGCGGAGUUCACACAUAGUACUCGCUGUUAAUAAGUUUCAUCAUUAUAACACUCGACGAUUGGAACUAGAGAAACAGAUUGAAAGCCAUGACACUCGAAAGAGCGUAUUCAAUGAAAAACUUAGCUAA